AUGCGCCCCUGGGCCAACGGGACCGCCCCCCGGGAGUUUGUGAUCCUGGGCUUCUCGGGGUGGCCCCCGUGGCUGCGGGCGCUGCUCUUUGCGCUGCUCCUGCCGCUCUACCUGGCCACGCUGGCGGGUAACCUGCUGAUCCUGGGCCUGGCGGCCGCCGACCCCGCCCUGCGCUCGCCCAUGUACUUCUUCCUGGGGGCGCUGUCGGCCGUGGAGGCGGCCUACUCGCUGGUGCUGACGCCGCGCAUGCUGGCCGGCUUCCUGCUGCCGCCCGGCGGCCAGGCCGUGGCGCCCUCCACCUGCGCCGCGCAGAUGGGCCUGUUCGUGGCGCUGGGCGGCUCCGAGUGCCUGCUGCUGGCCGCCAUGGCCCUGGACCGCUACCUGGCCAUCUGCCGCCCCCUCGACUACCCUCGGCUCAUGACCGGGGGGCUCUGCUGGGGCCUCCUGGCCUCCUGCUGCGCGGGGGGCUCCGUCCUGGCCCUGGGCCUCACCACGGCCAUCUUCCGGCUGCCCUUCUGCCGCGGCGGCGUGGUCAACCACGUGUUCUGCGACCUGCCGGCCGUGCUGGUGCUGGCCUGCGGGGACCGCGAGCUCCAGGAGCGCGUCCUGCUGGCCGCCUGCCUGCUGCUGCUCGUGCUGCCGCUCGCCCUGAUCCUGCUGUCCUACACGCGGGUGCUGGUCGUCAUCCUGGGCGUGGGGGGCGCCGCGGGCCGCCGCCGGGCCUUCCACACGGUGGGCUCGCACCUCACCGUGGCCGUGCUGCACUACGGCUGCGCCACCGCCAUGUACGCCAGGCCCCUGCGCAGCCGCUCCCUGGACGAGGACAAGCUGGUGUCCCUCGUCUACAUCAACCUCACGCCGCUGCUCUACCCGGCCAUCUACACGCUGCGGAACCGGGACGUGCGGGGCGCCCUGCAGCGGGUGGUCAGCCACGGGCCGCCAGGGGCCGGCCACCAGGCCGAUGGCACCUAA